GGCUAGAUUGACCAUGCAUUUCGGAGUGGCGGCUGGCUUGACCGCAGUGAAUAACCAGAGAAUAUUGAAGCUAAAAAAUAACUUCACCGCGCUCGAAGUUUGAUCUGAUGUAUCUAAUACUAUUCUAGUUGAAUGCCUGUAAUCGUUCAAUCGGGAAAAAACUGAAUCAAACGCACCGGAUGAGGCUUGAGAUCGCGCGCGUGAAGUGACUCAUCACUGUUUUUCGCGUCACAAAAGUCAAAGCAAAUGUUCAGAGUUGAUGUUUCUCCAUUUAAGCCAGAAUCGAUUCUGCUUUACAGAGUCAGUGCUGGAGAUCAGAUUCUGUUUCAUCAUGGAUCACACACAAACAUCCUCAGAUGAAGAGUUUUCUCCAGGAUGCAGUUUAUUUCAUGAGAAGAGAUCAGAACCAGAGCCCAGCUGUGUGUCUAUGAGGAGUGACGAGUCAAUAGGUCAGCCAGUAAAUUUUAAGAGUGAAGAUACAAAAACUGAUCUCAGUUCAGUUCAUCAGAAGAGAUCAGAAGCAGAGUCCAGCUGUGUGUCUAUGAGGAGUGAUGCAUCUAUGAAUCAAAUAAUAGAUUAUAAGAGUGAAGAUACAGAGACUGAUCUCAGGCAUGAAGUCCUCAACAGGUUUAGAUCAAAUCUGAUGAAGAAGUUUGAGCGUCUGUAUGAGGGAACAGCGACGCAGGGAAACCCAACACUCCUGAAUGAGAUCUACACAGAGCUCUACAUCACAGAGAGUGAGAGUGGAGAGAUCAGUAAUGAGCAUGAGGUGAGACAGAUUGAGACACAAUCCAGGAGAGCAGCAACAGAGGACACAGCCAUCAAAUGCAAUGACAUCUUUAGACCUUUACCUGGACAAGACAAAGCCAUCAGAACUGUGCUGACAAAGGGAGUCGCUGGCAUUGGAAAAACAGUCUCUGUGCAGAAGUUGAUCCUGGACUGGGCUGAAGGGAAAGAGAAUCAGGACGUCCAGCUCAUAUUUCCACUGCCUUUCAGAGAAAUCAACUUGAUGAAGGACAAAACACUCAGUCUUUCAGAUCUUCUUCACGUCUUUUUCCCUGAAACUAAAGAAAUGGAAAUAUCCAGUGAUGAAUAUAAAGUGUUGUUCAUCUUUGAUGGUCUGGAUGAGUGUCGUCUGUCUCUGGACUUUAAGAGCAAAGUGAAACUGUGUAAUAUAUCUGAAUCAGUCUCAGUGGACCUGCUGCUGAUGAACCUGAUUGUGGGGGAUCUGCUUCCCUCUGCUCUCAUCUGGAUCACCUCCAGACCAGCAGCAGCUGAUCUCGUCCCCUCUGAGUGUGUCCAUCGAGUGACAGAGGUACGAGGCUUCAAUGAGCCACAGAAGCAGGAAUACUUCAGGAAGAGAAUCAGUGAUCAGAGUCUGGCCAAUACAAUCAUCUCACACCUGAAGUCAUCAAGGAGUCUCUACAUCAUGUGCCACAUCCCAGUGUUCUGCUGGAUCUCAGCCGCUGUUCUGGAGAAGAUGUUGAGUCGAGCAGAGAGUGGAGAGAUUCCCAAGACUCUCACUCAAAUGUACACACGCUUCCUGAUCCUUCAGACCGACAUCAAACGUGAGAAGGACUAUGAGAAGAAGGUCACAGAUGAAGACAUGAUCCUCAAACUGGGGAAAGUGGCUUUUCAGCAGCUUGUGAAAGGCAACUUGAUCUUCUAUGAGGAAGACCUGAGAGAGUGUGGCAUUGAUGUGAGAGAAGCAUCAGUGUACUCAGGAUUGUGCACUCAGAUCUUCAGAGAGGAGUUGAGCUUGUAUCAGGGGAAAGUCUUCUGCUUUGUUCAUCUGAGCAUUCAGGAACAUCUAGCGGCUCUAUAUGUGUAUCUCUCCUGUACAAACCACAACAGAAAUGUGUUUGACCAGAGUUUGUCGUCUAAAGUUCAGGACUGGUUUCAACUCUUUUUAAAACAUGUUUCAUUUUCUGAGCUGCAUCAGAGAGCUGUGGAUGAGGCUCUGAAGAGUAAAAAUGGACAUCUGGAUCUUUUCCUUCGGUUCCUUCUGGGUUUGUCAGUGGAGUCUCAUCAGAUUCUCCUACGACAAAUAAUGACACUGAAAAGAAGCAGCUCUGACAGCAAUGAGAAAACAGUUGAGUACAUCAAGAUGAAGAUCAGGACCAUUGACUCUCCAGAGAAAUCCAUCAAUCUGUUCCACUGUCUGAAUGAACUGGGUGAUCGUUCACUAGUGGAUGAAAUACAACAGUAUCUGAAAUCUGGAAGAAUAAAGGAAGCCAAACUCUCUUCAUCUCAGUGGUCAGCUGUAGUUUUUGUGUUGUUGACAUCAGAAGAGGAACUGAAUGAGUUUCAUCUUGAUACAUUUGUUAAAGGAAAUAAUGAACCUAAAAAAAAUAUGGAAGUUCUUCAGAAGCUGCUGCCUGUGAUUAAAAAAUCCAGAUCAGUUCAGCUAAAUAAUUGUGGCGUCACAGAUGAAGGUUGUGCUACUCUGGCUUCAGCUCUGAGAUCAAACCCCUCACACCUGAGACAACUGGAUCUGACUGGGAAUAAAAUACAAGAUUCUGGAGUCACGCUGCUUUCUGCUGGACUGGAGGAUCCUCACUGUAAACUGAAGAAUCUGUGGUUGAGUAAUUGUGGUGUCACAGAUGAAGGUCAUGCUGCUCUGGCUUCAGCUCUGAGAUCAAACCCCUCACACCUGAGACAACUGAGUCUGUCUGGGAAUAAACUAGAAGAUUUGGGUGUGAAGCUUCUCUGUGCUAGACUGGAGGAUCCUCACUGUAAACUGAAGAUACUGUGGUUGUGUAAUUGUGGCGUCACAGAUGAAGGUUGUGCUGCUCUAGCUUCAGCUCUGAGAUCAAACCCCUCACACCUGAGAGAACUGAGUCUGUCUUGGAAUAAAAUAGGAGAUUCUGGAGUCACGCUGCUGUCUGCUGGACUGGAGGAUCCUCACUGUAAACUGGAGAAACUGUGGUUGAGUCAUUGUGGCGUCACAGAUGAAGGUUGUGCUUCUCUGACUUCAGCUCUGAGAUCAAACCCCUCACACCUGAGAGAACUGGGUCUGUCUGAGAAUAAACUCGGAAAAUCAGCAGUGAAGUUACUCUCUGAUCUGAAAGAUGAUCCACAUUAUAAACUGGAGACAAUAUACUACUGACUCUCAGUAUUUAGACGUCAGUCCAGUUUCCUCAGGAUCAGCUGAUGGUGAAUAAGGAGCCGCUACAGAGACGUCACAGUCACACAAUCAACAGAGACUGAAGACACAGACACACACAGCAUUACACUGUCAUGUGUGUCGUCUUUCACUCUCUUGUUUUAUAGGUAAUGGCCAGAUGUAGAUCAGGGGUGUCAAACAUACGGCCCACAAAGAUGUCCAAUCUGUGAAGAAACCGCAAACACAAACAGUUUUUCCAGUCACGAAAGAGUAAAAAUUGAAAUCACAGAAUCAUAAGUGGAGCUCUGUGAAUAAAAGAGGAAACGGAAAUGGGGUAAGGAGGUGUAUUGUACAAAGAGGCACGUAGAUACGUGGCAUGAGAGUGUGUGCUGCAUACCUUAGCGUCUUAGUCAAGUUGUCGAAUUAGAUGCACGAGAGAGGAUUAGUAACGCCAAACAAAGGAAUUAGCUAUUACCGCAUAAUCGGAUUCUUCCUGGCGCAGACUGCAAAGUGUGGCCUGGUCGUGGCGUGGAGCACCGCCCGUUCCUGUUUGUUCCUGGUACGGAUGAAUGGAUGGGUUUGGUCCGACUCGUGUCUCCGACGCCGAUGCCACUUGCAGCACGUUGCCGGAUCACAAGCUGGUUUCCUAUCCCCUGGCGUGUUCCUCGUUCACCCGAUAAUUUUCAGUUCUCCUGUUUCUGUGCUGAUUCUGAAAGUGAUGAUGACAAUGCAGGUAAUCUCCAAACCCACGUAUUCCUUUUCGUCUACAAGUUUCCCUACGCAGCUGGCUGGCAGCAUUUGGAUCUUGCUCACUUACACGCACACGCACACACACACCAACACUUAACACGCACGUUCAAUGAACAAACCUACAUUUACACUUACUUAAAUUUUUUGUUGUUGAUGUUUUGUUUGGGAACUGAUCAUUUUGAACUUGUGACUUCAUUGCUGUGAUUUUUGAAACGGAGAUUCCUAUACCGUUGUGCUUCCUGAAGUUUUUUGUUGAAAGCAAACUUUUUUCCUAUGAACUACUGAUGUUGACACAACGUCAAAGGAGCUUGUUUAAAGUGUGAAUUGGUUGAUAAUUGAUUUGAGAAUUGUUGAAAAUUAUUUUUGUUAUUUGAACAAUAUAUUCAUUACGUUUUACCUGCAA